AUGAAAAAUCUCUCCACUUUGCUGACGAUAGCUCUCCUCCUUUGCGCCGCCACGCUAACGUGCACUGCCCGCCAUGAACCGGCCUAUUUCGCCUCCUUCACAACCUCUCCGGCGGAUACACUUAGUCUGGAAAUGAUAGAAUCAAAACUACACGAUGUGGCGGGAGAGAGCUGCGAUAAAGAAGACAACGAAGAUUGCUUGAUGAUGAGAAGAGCAUUGACCGAUCAUCUUGAUUAUAUCUAUACACAGAAGAAAAACAAUUAA